UGGCAUAACAACCAUAACCAUUUAAAACUAUAACAAUAGUAGUAACAGCAAAAACAAGCACUACAUCAACAAUAAAAGCACUAGCUAUGCAACAAUACCAACAAGAACUAUCUCUACAAUAGCAACACCAACACUAAAUGAACACUACCAAGACUACCACAGCUGCAUUUCCGACCUCAGUAUCAAGAACGAUUACACCAAAAUUAUAAAAAAAACAGUCAGAGGACGAUUUUGGGGUCGUUCAACCUGUUAGAAAUAGCAACCAAAACUUCCUCAAGUUAUGCCAUUUAAAGGGUAGGCGAAGACAUAGCAUCCGAGAAGUGCUGGGGGCCCCUCAUACUGUAAAGAAAGGCAGGAUACUUCAAAGUUGGAACUAUCUGAAACGUGUUUGGUUGUAUAUCUGCCCAAUCAGAAUUGACCAGGAUGUAAGCAAGAAUAACAAAAACAUAGAUAACACAUAUACAAAAAACAAAAACUACAAGCACAAAAAACAAAGCAAUUACUAUCGCUUCAAUAGACCAUAAACAAUCCUCAUUGCACAAAAAUGGACGUUCCGGCUGGAAAUGACAAGACGUCCAUACAUGAAUAUAGACAAACAGCGCCCAGUGUUGUUCCUGAAUUGGUGUCGGAGUUCUGUCAAGAAACCAGUCUGCAUGGGGUGCGAAACGCGUAUGAUUCCAAAAAAUACAAACUUCGAGGAGUGGUGUGGUCUGUGGCCCUCAUCUGUAUGACAUUUACCAUGAUUAUCUCAAUGGCAGAUAUAUUUACUGAAUUUUACCAAUACCCGCUUCUCACCCGAAUCAAUGUCGGAUUUGCCGAAAAGCUGCCUUUCCCUGCUGUCACAUUGUGCAAUUUAAACCCGGUUGAUCGUACGAAGGUAGAAUUCAAAAAACUGGAGCCGUACUUUCUAGCUUUCACUCAGAUUGAUGACAAUGUGAGCAAAUCUCUCAUUAAUUGGGAUGACCCUGCACUACUACCUUUCAAAAUACCCAUGAAUAAAAGCUACGUGCGUCAAAUCAGCCCCAAUUUAAAUUCGAUGUUAUAUUCAUGUCUGUGGGAAGGAAAAUAUUUGAAGUCGAAAUGUUCGAAGAAUUUCACUGAAAAUUUUACAGAAUUGGGUAUCUGUUAUACGUUUAACAGCGCCAACUAUAGUGAACUCUACGGACCGCUGUACACGUCACACACAGGUAGCAGUACUGGGUUAGUACUCUAUUUUUACAUCAACGAAAGCACUUACAUUUACAAUGAAGACAUGGCAUCUGGUGUUAAGAUCUUACUACAUCAUCCACAAGAAGUACCCGAUGCAAAGAGGGAAGGAAUUUUCAUGUCGCCUGGUUUUGCAACAAGAGUCAACCUGAAAUUUCUUAGUUAUAAAUUCCAGGCGUGGCCAUACAAAGCUUUCCCCAACUCAUUCUGUCUGGAUACUACUGCCAGUUCUCCUCCUCGCAAGUUGAAAUACCAUCUGCACUACAGCUACAACGCAUGCGUAAGGGAAUGUCGCAUAGACUUCAUCAUCAACAAAUGCGGUUGCCACAGUGUUUAUGAACCUGGUGAAGGACCAACAUGUUCAGGAAGACAAUUGUUGAAUUGUCGAAUGGGAGUUGUAGCUAAAUUUGAUAGUGACCCAGACAUCUUGCGUAAGUGUAACUGCCUCCCACCCUGCACAUUCGCUCAAUAUCAAACUCAAAUUUCAUCAGCUCACUACCCUUCGAAUCUCUUCAACGAAAUAUUGAUGAACGUGUCAAGUUUCAUUGGACAACCCAGAGAACGCUUUUUAGAGGUGAGGCUUUUCUUCGAAACAUUGCUGUAUCACGAAGUAAUGCAGGUGCCACAAUAUACGCUGCUAAACAUCAUGGGAAUAGUCGGUGGUCAGAUGGGACUUUACCUUGGUGCCAGCAUCUUGACAAUUUCAGAACUGGCUGAAUUUAUUUGCAUCUUCAUUUUGUCAGCCACACAUCGUCUUCUGACAUGUAGGCGACGCUUGGCACAUUAAUUGCUAAUUACGUCUCUGCGAAAGAGAAUGUGUUCGUCAACGGGUCCACACACAUAUAUAAUAAGAGUCAGUAACCCGAAAUUUCGAACUCACUGUCAACUUUUUGUUGAAAAUAAU